AGUGAUGGGUAAGCUGUUGACUGAUCACUGCAAAAUGAUAGUUAUAAAAAUACUUUGCAGCUCCAAAGAGUGGGAUCAAGUCUCACCAGAGGAUAAGGCCAAGCUUAAUUACUCAGCUGAUGAUGGAGAGUUCUGGAUGACAUAUGAAGAUUACAUUCAGCGUUAUUCAAAGCUAGAGAUUUGCAACUUGACUCCAGACACUCCAAGCGAUGAUCUGAGAUGUUGGAACGCUUGCCAGUUCGAGGGCACCUGGAAAAUAGGCACUACGGCUGGUGGCUGCCUGAAACUUGCAGGUGACUGACAA